AGCAGAGGGCGCUACUUCCCCAACAGGCCCGGCCGGAGAGGAUAAACCUUCCUGAUCAACGUCAGACGUUCCUUCCGGCUCCGGUCCCGUAUCAAGUGGAAAGAUGCUGAUGCCCAAGAAGAAUCGCAUUGCUAUCUAUGAGCUCCUCUUCAAGGAGGGAGUCAUGGUGGCCAAGAAAGAUGUCCACCUGGCCAAGCAUCCCGAGCUUGCUGACAAGAAUGUGCCCAACCUUCAUGUGAUGAAAGCGAUGCAGUCCUUGAAGUCCUCUGGGUAUGUCAAGGAGCAAUUUGCCUGGCGUCACUUUUACUGGUAUCUCACCAAUGAGGGUAUUCAGUAUCUGAGAGACUUCCUCCACCUCCCCCCUGAGAUCGUGCCCGCCACCCUUCGCCGCCAGACCCGCCCUGAGACCGCAAGGCCCAGGCCCAAGGGAAUGGAGGGAGAGAGGCCCGCUCGUCUUAACCGUGGUGAGGCCGACAGAGAUGCAUACAGGCGAUCUGCUGCACCUCCUGGUGCUGACAAGAAAGCAGAGGCCGGUGCUGGAGCUGCCACAGAGUUCCAGUUCAGGGGAGGCUUUGGACGCGGCAGAGGAGGACAGCAGCCUCAGUAAUUUUCACUCACUCUUUCUGUACAAUAAAGAAAAUCAAAAUAAAA